CUAAUAUAUAGUUUAUACAACCCCCAUGCAACAAAAAUACACAAAGACAUUUAUCACUCUUUCAUUCACGUAGUCCUAAACACACACACAAAAAAACCCUAGCAUAUCCACCAUUUUUUCCGGCGAAAAUGGUCACCGUGGAGGAGUAUCGUAAGGCGCAACGUGCAGAGGGUCCAGCUACGAUCUUAGCCAUUGGAACAUCUACGCCUUCUAACUGUGUUGAUCAGAGUACUUAUCCUGAAUAUUAUUUUCGUAUCACUAACAGUGAGCACAAGACUGAGCUCAAGGAGAAAUUUAAGCGCAUGUGUGAUAAAUCAAUGAUUAAGAAGCGAUAUAUGCACUUAACCGAGGAAAUAUUGAAAGAGAACCCUAACAUGUGUGCAUACAUGGCACCUUCCCUUGAUGCAAGGCAAGACAUAGUUGUUGUUGAAGUGCCUAAACUUGGCAAAGAGGCAGCCCAAAAGGCCAUCAAAGAAUGGGGCCAGCCCAAAUCCAAGAUUACCCAUUUGGUCUUUUGUACCACUAGUGGUGUGGACAUGCCCGGGUGCGACUACCAACUCGCGAAGCUCCUGGGGCUUCGCCCAUCAGUCAAGCGACUCAUGAUGUACCAACAAGGUUGCUUUGCCGGGGGAACAGUUCUUCGGCUAGCCAAGGACUUGGCUGAGAACAACAAGGGCGCUAGAGUCCUUGUUGUUUGCUCUGAGAUCACUGCAGUCACAUUCCGUGGACCCAGUGAAUCUCACUUGGAUAGCCUGGUAGGCCAAGCCCUUUUUGGUGAUGGGGCGGCCGCAAUCGUUAUAGGUUCGGACCCAAUUGUAGGGGUCGAAAGGCCUUUAUUUGAACUCGUCUCAGCAGCCCAAACUCUUGUCCCCGAUAGCGAAGGCGCUAUCGACGGACACCUCCGUGAGGUUGGGCUUACAUUCCACUUACUCAAGGAUGUUCCUGGGCUUAUCUCGAAAAACAUCGAAAAGAGCCUUCUAGAAGCAUUUCAACCUCUAGGUAUAUCUGACUGGAACUCUCUAUUUUGGAUCGCUCACCCUGGCGGGCCUGCGAUUUUGGACCAAGUUGAAUUAAAGUUGGGCCUAAAGCCUGAGAAACUUAGGGCUACAAGAGAAGUACUAAGUAACUAUGGCAAUAUGUCAAGUGCUUGUGUGUUGUUUAUUUUGGAUGAAAUGAGAAAGACCUCUACAAAAGAAGGCCUAGGAACUACUGGUGAAGGCCUUGAAUGGGGUGUCCUUUUUGGAUUUGGGCCUGGGCUUACAGUUGAGACUGUUGUCCUUCACAGUGUUGCUGCUUAGUGGGCUGGGCUUACAUUGUGGGCCUCUAAAAUUUCUUGGUUAUUAAUAUGUUUGUUGUAUUUUGUUAUUUAAUGUUUAUGUUAUCUUUUUCAAAUAAAGAUAUUUUUAAUGAGAUCUACAUAAUAAAAUACCUAAAUUUCUGUCUAA